GGACCGCUGCCACUGCUCACCGAAAUUAGACCGCCUCUCCCUUUGCCGGAAAUAUGAUUGGGCUCCAUGUGUUCUACUUCUCCUCCGCCUCUACCGGAAAACAAGAUUUUUCUUAAACCUUGUUCUCUCACCUGAAAGAAAUAAUAGUCGACUUCAACUGAUUCUUCAAUCCUUCGAACUUUACAAUCCGCAGCAAAUCAUGAGCAUCAACGAUCAACACAUUCCUGUUGCGUAUCCUCCUCCCAUGGAGAAACAAGCACCUCCGCCGCCAGUUGGAUACCCAACAACGGAUGCCACCUCCGUACCUGAAAAUCAAGCUCCGGCAUACACUGAGACCAGGGGCGAUGGCUUUUGGAAAGGAUGCUGUGCUGCAAUAUGUUGUUGUUGCGUGUUGGAUGCCUGCUUUUAACCUCCGUGUUCCGAUCACGUCGCCUCCUUUUUUUGUGUGUGUGAAUGUUUUAUUUUCUCAAGACUUGGUUUGUUCAAUUGAAUAUUACAUUAUUACCUACUCCUAAUUCAAUAUAAUACUUUGCGAAACUUUGUU